AAGCCGGUAGAAAUGAAGACUGUUCCUAUGCUACUGCUUCUGUGUGUGGCAGCUGGCUCAGCCUAUCCACUGAAUGGAGUCGCAAGGGAUGAGGACAACAGCAUGGAGCUGGUUCAGCACUACCUAGAAAAAUACUACAACCUCGCAAAAGAAGUGAAACCAUUUGUUAGAAGAAAGGACAGUAGCCCUGUUGUUAAAAAAAUCCAAGAAAUGCAGAAGUUCCUGGGGUUGGAGGUGACAGGGAAGCUGGACUUAGAAACGCUGGAGGUGAUGCAUAAGCCCAGGUGCGGAGUUCCUGAUGUUGGAAGCUUCACUACCUUUCCUGGCAUGCCAAAGUGGAGGAAAACUCACCUUACCUACAGGAUUGUGAAUUAUACCCUGGAUUUGCCAAGGGAUGCUGUUAAUUCUGCCAUUGAGAAAGCUCUGAAGGUCUGGGAGGAGGUGACCCCACUUACAUUCUCCAGGAUUUAUGAAGGAGAGGCUGACAUAAUGAUCACUUUUGCAGUUAGAGAUCAUGGAGACUUUAUCCCUUUUGAUGGACCUGGGAAGGUUUUGGCUCAUGCCUACCCACCCGGGCUGGGGAUUUAUGGAGAUGCUCACUUUGAUGAUGAUGAGCAAUGGACAAAAGAUACAGCAGGGACCAAUUUAUUCCUCGUUGCUGCUCAUGAACUUGGCCAUUCCCUGGGUCUCUCUCACUCCGCCAACACUGAAGCUUUGAUGUACCCAAUCUACAACAAAUUCACAGACCUGGCCAGGUUCCACCUUUCUCAAGAUGAUGUGAAUGGCAUUCAGUCCCUGUAUGGACCUCCCCCUGCUUCCCCUGAUGAGCCUGUGGUGCCUACAGAGUCCGUUCCCCCUAAGACUCCAGCCAUGUGUGAUCCCACUUUGUCCUUCGACGCAGCCAGCACUCUGAGGGGAGAAUUCCUGUUCUUUAAAGACAGACAUUUUUGGCGCAAAUCCCUAAGGAUUCUUGAACCUGAAUUUCAUUUGAUCUCCUCCUUUUGGCCCUCUCUUCCUUCAGGAGUGGAUGCUGCAUAUGAAGACACUAGCAAGGAUAUCGUUUUCAUUUUUAAACGAAAUCAGUUCUGGGCCAUCAGAGGAAAUGAACUCCAAGCAGGUUACCCUAGAGGUAUCCAAACACUGGGUUUUCCUCCCACCAUCAGGAAAGUAGAUGCAGCCAUUUUUGAUAAGCAAAAGAAGAAAACAUACUUCUUUGUAGAGGACAAAUACUGGAGAUUUGAUGGGAAGAAACAGUCUAUGGAUCCAGGAUUUCCCAGGCAAAUAGCAGAAGACUUUCCAGGGGUUGACUCCAAGGUGGAUGCUGUUUUUGAAGCUUUUGGGUUUUUCUAUUUCUUCAGUGGAUCUUCACAGUUGGAGUAUGACCCAAAUGCAAGGAAAGUGACACAUAUUUUGAAAAGUAACAGCUGGUUCAAUUGUUAAGAGAUAUACAUAGAAGACACAACAUGGGCAUUUUAAAUGAAGCUAAUAAUUCUUCAUCUAAGUCUUUGUGAACUGACCUGAUUCAUUUUCUCCCACACGCACAGUACCUGAGAAUGCAAGCAUGGACUCUGACA